AGAAAAACACGAAAUUAGCGAACUUUCACAUUAAUAUUUGUAUACUUUACGUUUUUUAUUGUUAUUGUGUUCGGAAAUAAACUAAGAUAUUUGUAAUAAUGUUCAAGAAACUAAAAGACAAGAUAGCAGAGGAAUCACAAACGAAAUUGCAGCAAUUGGCACAAGCUGCUGGUUACAAUAUUCCAAGUAGUGAUGUUAGCAAUUCAGAUAGUUUCUUCAGCAUCACGGAUGAAACGCCGCAAAAUUCUCCGCAUCACAAACCGAUGAGCUCAACACCAAACUACAAUAACGGAGCCGCACCUCAUACAAACAGUGUGCGAACAAGACGAUUGUCUAAUUCGUCGCAAGCAAGCGAUGUAUCAUUUAAAUUGCCAGUUUACGACUCUGAAAUGCCUGCAGUAUACCAUUUGCAAUCAGACAUGGAGAGUGCGAGUGAACUUGAUGAAGCAGGAAGUGUUGCAGCUAUGGGAGGUCAAUUAGAUUUAGUGUCGAAAGAGCAAUUGCAUGGAGCCUACAAGAAAGCGUUAGAUCGUUAUCAAAAAUAUAGAGGGAUGUAUACAGAUUUAGCACGCAAAUAUCGAGAAUUGGAAAGAGAUAAUACGAAAGCAAGGGCUGUUUUGGUCGAAACACAAGAUAAGGCUCUUCGUCGCAUCAGUGAAUUGCGAGAACAAUGUUCAUUAGAACAACAAGCGAAGGCACACCUUGAAGCUGCUUUACGUUUAGAAAUGGAUGAAAUGCAAUGUGUCGUUAAAACUCUAACAACAAAACUCGAGUUAAUGGGGGUAAAUGCCGAAACAGAACUUAAUAACGAGAAAAAUGUUGAUAAUUUAAUUCAAUUGAGCAACACUGACAAUGUAAGUCAUGCAUCAUCUAGCGAAUUAAGUUCACCGCUUUCUUCACAAAGUGUUGAUUUGGACAAGAAAAUACACGAGCUCGAAUUGCAAAUUAAACAAUUGAAAGAGAUUGGUAUGGAAAAAGAUGCUAAAAUUAUAAUUAUUAAUGAUGAGAAUCACAAACUACGAGAAGAGAAUGAAAAUUUAAAGACGAAAAAUGAAAACAACACUCUUCAGUUAGCAGAGAAUAAGAUGGUUGUUCAUUCAGAAUUGGAAUCGAAAGAAAGGGAAAUGGCACAAUUAAAAACACAACUAGAGAAUAUCGAAACAGAAAGAAUACAAUUGUUAAAAAAUAAUCAAACGCUUAACGAACAGCUUUGCAAUUUGAAAAAGCAACUUUUAGAAUCAAAAACUGUUAAUCAAGCUAAUAAGGAAAUGUUAAGUUCACAAAUGUCAGAAUUGGAAGUCGCUUUGAAAGGAAGUCGCGAUGAAAAGCAUCAAUUAGAACUGAGAUUUGUUGAAUUUGAAAAAGAAUUAUAUGAUUUAAAGACUGAAAAGACGACGUUAACAGAAAAUUUGGCGAAAAUGAAGGAAGAAAAAACAAACAAUGAAAAGCAACUUACAAAUUUCAAAACACAAAUUAGUCAACUACAACAAGAAUUGAAGGAUUCGUUGGCAAAAAACGACUCGCUAGUUAUGAAAACGACAGAAAUUUACCAAGAUACGUUCCAUGAAAAAUUCGAUGGUAAUCCUGAAAGCCUCAAAAAGAUACGAGAGUUGUUGAAAGAGAUGCGAACAAAUAUUGAAACACUAUCGAAGGAAAAUCAAACGGUUUUGGAAGAUAAGAGUAAAAUUGAACAGAGAUUUACGCAACUGUUCGAGGAAAAACAAAGAAUUAAUUCGUUGCUCAAAGAAACUCAAGAUAAAUUAGAUAAAACUAAUGAAGAAAUUGAAAACUUGCGAUUACAAUCUUCAACAACUAUUUCAAAUGAGGAUAAACUCAUGAAUUUACGUGAAAAAUACGAUGAAAAAUUAAAUCAUUUGGAGACUAAAUUGAAUGAGAAGGAAGUUAAAAUUCAAGAUUUAAACAAAACUUUAGAAGCCUUUAACAAUGAAAAACUUUCCAAAAUAGAAGAAAUCAGAACUCUUGAGAUAAAAAUACAAGAAUUAGAGUUAGGAUUCAGAAAUAGCGAAGAAAAAUAUAUUACCGAAUUGGAGCCAAUUAACAAUGAGUUGGCACGAUUGAGACAAGAAUUGGUUGAUAAAACACUCGAAAUGGGAAAAGACCAAGAAGAAAUAAAAAGAUUAACAGAAGAAAUUGACAAAAAGCAAGAAGAGAAUGCUAAUAUCAUAGAAGCAAUGAAUGUCAGAGAAAGAGAUAUGGAGAAACUCCAAUUAAAUUUGGAAGAAAAUAUUAAAAGAAAUGAUGAACUUUCCUCUGAACUUGAAAAAUCAUUGAAGCUUGUGACAGAAUUACAGUUAACCGUGGAAAAACUUCAACAACAAAAUAAAAAAAUAACCGAAAAGCAAAUUAAAUUGGAAAAUGAUAAGAAAAAUAUAUUAAUAGAAUUACAAAAUGCUUCAGAAAAUAAAUCAAAGCUUGAAUUUAAACUACAAGAAGAUCAACAAAAGUAUGAAAGUUUGCUAAAAGAAUUUAAUGAACAAAAGAACGAAAAGCAUGUUAAAUCAUCUGAAUUGGAAAAAGUAAUGAUACUUGUAACAGAGCUUCAACUAAGGGUCCAAGACACACUUCAACAAAACGAAAACUUAACAACAGAACUAAAUGCUCAGAAAAAUGAGAAACAAAAUCAAUCAACACAACUAGAGAGUGCUUUAAAACACGUUUUACAGCUGGAAGCCAACGUUCAAGAUACACUUGAACGAAAUCGUAACUUAGAAAUACAACUAAGUGAACAACAUAAUGAAAAACAAGACAAAUGUUCAGAAAUCACAACACUAAAAGGCAAAGUUGAGCUUUUGAGGAAAGAAAAGAACGACCUUGAAAAGACUCUUGAGAAGGAAAUCCGUGAAAAGUCAGAAUUGAAAACACAGGUUGUCAACAUUUUGAAAGAAAUUACAAGACUAGAGGAGCAACUGAACGAAGUUAAAACAUCUCAUAGCAACAUUCAGUCUGAAAAAGAGCAACUUGAACAGAAAUUUGAAGCUUUUAAUGAAAACUCAUUGAAAGAAAACGAAUCUACCAAAAAGUUGCAAAAAGAAUUUAUCGAAAUACAGAAACAAUUUAAUGAAAAUUUGUCGGAAAAAGAAGCUUUAAUAACAAAGAUUCAACAGUUGGAACAUAAUCUUCAAAAUGUAACAUCUAUUGAAAGUAAAACUUUAGAUACAGAAGAACAACUUACGAAUCUACGUUCGCAAUUGGCUGAAGUAUUAGCCGAAAAUGCAAAACUGUCAAACGAAAAGGAAUUAUUAGAGCAUCAAGUCCGCAGCUUAUUAGAUGAUAUCGAAGUAAAAGAAAAAGAAAAAUUAACAGUAGUCGAUACAAAUCAAAGUCUUCUUCAUAGCGUAAAUAGCCAUAAAGCUCAAGUUGUGCAAAUUAAAGAAAAAUUAUCUUCCUUAGAAGAACAGAAAUGUGCAUUGACAGAAACCUGCGAUAGCCUAAUGGAGAAAGUUGACGCUCUUAAAAAAGAAAAUAUCAGUUUACGAGCUGAACGUGAACAAUUUCAACAAAGACUUGAAGAAAUUCAAUGUCAACUUGAAGAAGCUAACAACAAACAUUCGAUUCGUGAGAACAAAAUUCGAAUGUUGAACGAAGAAAAUAAAAGCUUUAAAAAUGAUAUCGAAGGAAGUAUGACCAUGAUCACUGAAUUACAAGGUUCAUUAGAUGAAUUGAAAACUGAAAAUAAAGAUUUGAGAAAAACUAUCGAGGAUUUAACGGUUGAGAUGAAACUAUGCAUAGGAAAACAAAAAGGACAAGAAAAACAAUCUGAGGAAAAAAAACAAGAAGUUAAAGAAUUGAAAUCUGCAAAUAUAAAUUUGUCAGGAAAUGAAGAAAAAACAGAACUAGAAAGCGUAAAAGAAGAAAGGAACUCUCUGAAAGCUAAACUUGAAGAAAUUAUGAAAGAAAUAGCUGGAAUAAAUAAUAAUGCGAAUGACUUGGCCACGAGAAAUCUAUUUCUGGAACAAAAAGUAGAGAACUAUUUGAUACUUGAACAAUCAAAUGAACGUCUCAAAAAUCAAGUUGAAAAAUUAUCAAGGCAACUCGAUGAGACUUUGGUUUCACUUCAUCAUAAUGAAGGACUGGCUGCUAACACAGAAUUUGAGUAUUUACGAAACAUUUUAUUCCAAUAUUUAAGUGGAUCUGCUGGCGUCAACGGUAAAACAUUAGUGAAAGUUAUUGCAGCUGUACUCAAAUUCACCCCGCAACAAACGCAAGUAGUUGUAGAAAAAGAAGCACAUCGACAUUCAUUGGUUGGCCAAAUUAACAACUUAUUGUAGCAAGACUUAAUAGUCAUAACUCAUAAAUUAUCGUACUUUAACUUAUUAAAGACCAAGAAACCAGCAUAGAUUAAGUUUGAAAAGCUGCUUAGAAUUUUUUUCCGCCCAAGAUUUUCUGCAUUUUGAAACAUUAUUUGAGUUAAACGAAGGUAAAAAAAGGAGAGUGUAAAAACACAUAAAGAAGCAUAAUUCACCUGCUUCUAAUGUAAUUCUUACUAAAUUAUGAACGAAACAUAUUUGAAUGAAUAAUAUGUAUUAUUUUUUCAGUGCUGUUACAGAAAAAUUAAUGUACAUGUAUAUAAAAAAUAUUUAUAUAUAUAAAAGUAAAAAAAUAUUCGUAACAAUUGGUUUUUUUUUUCAUUACCUAA